CGAACAGAAGGUUUUGUUGUGCCAGAGAGAGAGAAUGUAUGCUUAUGUUCUGUAUAUCAGGAAGAGGGCACAUCAAAUAAUGGGGGGGGGGGUGAGGCAACAGAGACUGUCUGAGUGAAAAACAGUUUUUUUGACCCCCCAGGAUUAGAAUGACAAGCAUACUGAAUGAAUAGACGAAGAAGGAGAGCGAAGAUGGAGACAGAGGAGGGUGAGGAUAAGCUUGUGAUGAGAGCACGAGAGAGGAAGCCAGCUCAGUAGCACCUCUGUAUCUAUCCUUGCUCACGUCUCCCCAGCUGUGAGCUGCACCUCUGUAUCUAUCCCUGCUCACGUCUCCCCAGCUCUGAGCUGCACCUCUGUUGCCCUUCUCCACACGGAUCUACGGUCUUCAGCAUGCAUGUUAUUUUUCUCUGGUUCUCCAGUCAUGGGUAAAGACUUGCCAAGCUGUGCUACGGACCUUAUGCAAAAUACACGAGCUCUGGCAUAGCCAGCCCUGCCGUAGCAUCCCAGUAAGAUGGGAAAUGCAUCUGAAGCAUCUUGGUUUUCUCAAAGUUCCUCGUUCCUGUCCACCAUCUCUAAAGAGCAUGACAUCCUCAUGGGGACCACCUACUUCACUUUUGGCAUUCUCUCACUGGUGGGAAAUGGGAUAUUGCUGUUUGUGGCCUAUCGGAAGAAGUCUUCGCUAAAGCCGGCUGAGUUCUUUGUUAUCAACCUCUCCAUCAGCGACCUAGGAAUUACCAUCUCUCUGUUCCCUCUGGCCACAUCAUCAGCUUUCGCACACAAGUGGCUGGGCAAUGAGACUACAUGUGUGAUUUAUGCCUUCUGUGGGGUUCUGUUUGGACUUGCCAGUCUCACCAACCUCACCGUGCUGUCUUCUGUGUGCUGGCUGAAAGUUUGCGUUCCCAACUUUGCGUCAGGUAGUAAGUUCUCGUCCUGCCAUGCCUACCUGCUCAUAGUCGGGGUUUGGUGCUAUUCUCUUAUCUUCGCCAUCGGGCCUCUGACCGGCUGGGGCCGGUAUGGUUCUGAACCGUACGGUACAGCCUGCUGUAUCGACUGGUACGCCCCGAACCACAGCACGGCCGCCAUGAGCUACAUCGUCUGCCUCUUCGUCUUCUGCUACAUCAUACCCUGCAUCAUCAUUUUCCUCUCCUAUGUCUUCAUCCUGCUGACCGUCAAGGGCUCUCGUCAGGCAGUGCAGCAGCACAUGUCGCCGCAGAACAAGAUUGCCAAUGCCCACACGCUCAUUGUCAAGCUCUCGGUGGCGGUGUGCAUCGGCUUCCUGACCGCCUGGAGUCCAUACGCCUUCGUGUCUAUGUGGGCGGCGUUCGUUAACAAAACCGAAGUCCCUCCCUUUGCUUUCGCUGUGGCAGCCAUCUUUGCCAAGUCCUCCACCCUCUACAAUCCAAUCAUCUACCUGGUCUUCAAACCCAACUUCCGCAAAUCAUUGUGCCGGGAUUGGCUGACAUGCCGACGGACACUAUGUGCGUGCAUAUGUAAACGCGCCCCGGCCCAGAAGGUGUCCUUUACGCUGUCUAGUCAGCGCAGGAGGGAGGAGUGUAACUCGACGCGGCUGUCCAACGGACUGCCAGAGAAUCAUGGGGGUGCAUGCAGGCACUGUCAGUGCUCGGAGAGAGACACUGGUUCUGGGGGAUGUGGCCCGGAGACGACCCCUCAGAGGACUGCAAGGAUAUUGCAGGGGUCCACACACAGCGAGAUGGUUGUCAGUCAACUUUCCAAUGAAAUGCAGAGCGACUUCCUCUAAAGAGACCGGAGAAAGACAGAAACAUUAGAGGAAAGAUAAGUAGUAGAGGAAUGUACAGGGGGAGGUAAAAGAACGGAGACUUGGGAAGACUAACAGGGUGUGGAGGGCAAGAAAACUGGGUAGAAGGUAAGAGGUAAAACAAAGACAUUCACAAAGGUAUUUUUGACAAAGUGCAGGGUAUACUUUGCUCUGUCCAAUCCAAACAAGGGCGUCUUAACUUCUCUCUUUUGGAGGAGAAGCCAAAAAAAUGACAUUGAAAACUCUUACUGCCAAAAAAAAAUUUUAAUGAACUAAAACAGACAACCAACAAAUAACUGAACCAUCAAGAAAUUACCAAAAACUCAACAAAGAUACCACCACAGACUGGGCCACUCAAUCAACCAAAAGCCAAACUAGAGAAAGAAAAGAGAUGGUCCAUAACAAAGACAACUGCUCUGGUGUCUAGCAAAAUAAGUACAAUUUGGGAAAGCGGUAUUUACUAGUGAAGGGGUCUACAACCUAAGAUGGCAU